GUCAGACCGCAUCAUAAGUUUACUUUUAUACCUACAUCACUUUGUUCGAACCGAUAAAAACAUGAUGUAAAAUCAUGAUCAAAUUAUGAUUCAAGAGUUAACAGAUAUCUACCUGUAAUGUAAUUAACAAUUCUUUAUGCAAUACGUGGGCUGUGGGCAAUACAUUUUACCGCUUCUAUCGCCGCGCACGUUUAAUUCGUAGAGUGUGGUGAGCAAGGAAUAUAGUAGUGAGUGUAGUAUUCUUUAUAACAAAUUCUUUAUUUUAUUAAAAUGUCUCUUAAACUUUAUCAUUAUCCUUUAAGUGCUCCUUCUAGAGCAGCACUUUUAGCAAUUAAAACCAUCGGUAUACCGGUUGAAGUAAUUAUUGUUGAUUUAAUGAAAAAGGAACAACUUGGUGAAAGUUUUAUAAAAAUUAAUCCUCAACACUGCGUGCCUACAAUUGUUGACGAAGAUGGUUUCGUGCUAUGGGAAAGUAAAGCUAUUGCCUGCUAUUUAGCUGAAAAAUAUGGAAAGGAUGAAUUUUACCCAAAGGACCUAAAACGCCGGGCGAUCGUCAAUCAAAGACUUUAUUAUGAUUCUACAAUGUUGUAUCCACGUAUGAGAGCUAUAAAUUAUCCUAUUCUAUUCCAAGGAGUAAAGGAAAUCAAGCAAUCCUUAAAGGACGAUUUGAAUUCGCAAAUGGUAUUUUUAGAACAAUAUUUGAGUCAGAGCAAGUGGGUGGCUGGUGAUAACGUAACUAUUGCAGAUACCGCUAUCCUUGCAUCUAUUACUACUAUGGUGGAAGUGGGUUGGGAUAUGUCAGAUUAUCCUAAUAUUAUGAGAUGGCUGAAAGAUUGUGAAACAAUCCCAGGGUAUGCCGAAAACUUGGAAGGUGCUAAAAUGUUUGGAGCUGCUGUUAAGAAAAACUUGAAUCAAUAAUCAAUAUUUAUUAUUUGCUUAUUCAUAUACAUAUAUUUUAUUUUACAUUUUUAUAAAUAAAAACUUAUAUUUCUACAAUCAA